AUGGCAGGUGCCGAAGAACCAGUUCCGGACUUCAUUGAGCAAAGAAUCACGUUUCAAGAUAGACAGUCUUUUGAGAUUCUCAAACCACUUACAAACUACCGCAGCUGUCACGAUGGCACGCCAAAAGAAGCUCGAAUGGUCUUUACUUGUCGUAGAAUUUCACCAGACGCAUCGACAGAGGAAUACGUUAUGAAGGUCAAAACUCAACUACCUGCCGAAGGUCAAGUACCAGUUGUGCAUCCAAGUACAACGACAGAGCAUGAGCUCAAAGCUCUGACGACUUUCCAUAACGCCAAUUCUUCUUUCGCACCUCAGCUCGUUGGCUUUCACUGCCAAGCGCAAGAUGAAAGGGGACCUCUGCCAGGUGGAUUUCAGACCUUCACAGUCAUGACGAAGAUGCCCGGGUAUGCGUUGUUUGGCAAAUACUGGAACAUGUCCACCCAGGAUCGAGACGAAAUUAUUCCGAAGGCAGCCGAAGCCCUACGCUCGAUUUAUGCCCUUGGUAUUGAACCGGUGGACCGAGGCAUGCGAAAUGUAAUAUGGGAUCCUGACACGAAACAGUGCAGUAUCAUCGACUUUGAGCUAUGGAAUGAGACCCAGGAAAUAUUCGCCGAUGAGAAAACAGAACUUCAACGUUGGGGCUUAAUUCGAACGCCACCAGCCAAGGAUCACUGGGCAGCCUGGAACUCGAUGUAUCGUUGA